CUUCUCAUUGGAAAAUUUUCUUCUCAAAUCCCGAGUUAAACCAAAAAUUCAAAUCAUCCGAGUAACUGAAAUAGUUCACCCCAAUAAAGUCCCCAAAAUCCACUAAAAAUGCCAAUAACUCCGCGUAAUGGAAAGAAAACUCUUCGUUCAGCGAGAAAUGUCAAUCUCGUUGUGACAGCAAUGCGAAAUUUACGAGAUGAAAACGGCUGUACUGUUGGAAAUAUCGUCGGUUAUAUCUCUGAUUACUGUGACAGACCAGCGCCAAAGCGUGAGGUCAUAGCAGCGCUGAAACGUGGCCUAGAAUUUGGCAUAGUGGAUCGCAAACGAGGCCGAUAUUUCCUCCAAACUGAUGACAAAAAUAUUGAGGAUAAAAAACGAGGAAAUCGUCCAAAAUUACUGACUGAUGAUGAGGGCAGUGAGGUUGCUGUCGAGCAAAGGAGAACAAGCAAACCAGCUAAGCUGAAGAAAUCAACGCGUGUGGGUAAAGGAAAGGACGGCAGGAGGAAGAAGGGGAGAAAAGCUGCACUGAAGAAAUCCAAAAAGGCUAGGAUAUCUAGGGCAAUCAGGCCAUACAAAUUGGACGAUUUUUACAGAAAUCCCAAGUCCAGACCGUCAGUUGACUCCUCCCUGGAGUCUAUGGAUUAUUUCCAAGGAGGCGACACUUAUAAGUAUUGAA